AUGGCCGCGAGAGUUAUAUACGCGUGUGGUUUAUUUUUGUGCAUUUUACACAGUGCUCGAAGUUUUAACUUGGAACCGAGGAUUCCUGUGAUAAAGUUGGGAGAGCCUGGCUCCUACUUUGGAUUUUCUGUCGCUGAACACCUCACGAUAUACGAGAACGAGAGAACUAGUUGGCUCUUAGUUGGCGCUCCAUUAGGACAAAACUUGCAACCCAACACGACGAAAUCAGGUGCUCUAUGGAAAUGUCGCCUUACCACAGCACAACGAGACUGCGAGCAGAUUGUCACAGAUGGAAAAAGAACGAAGUACGGCAAGAUAAACACGACUUUGGAUUCCUUUCAUCUCUCUGGGCCGCAUCCUGACGAGAUCAAAGAUGGACAGUGGCUGGGUGUUUCGGUUCGCAGUCAGGGGCCAGGGAAGAAAGCGGUUGUUUGUGCGCACAGAUAUAUCCGAAAGUCCGGGGAGUCUCAAUUUGGACAAGGUCUCUGUUAUACGCUGAGUAACGACCUUCAAUUAGUCGACGUAUGGGAGCCGUGCCGAGGUCGAUCCGUGCAAAGAGAACACGAAGAGUUUGGUUUCUGUCAAGUCGGUACAAGCAGUUCCAUACUCGAAGACGACACUUUGGUGCUUGGAAGUCCAGGGCCUUACACAUGGAGAGGGACCAUCUUCACUCAGGACACAAAUGAUGAUCUCAUAGAACGUGACCAUGUGGUCUACAUGGCACCAGUUGAAGAUGGAUACAGUCCUGUUGAAAAAUACAGUUAUUUAGGUAUGUCAGUAUCAGGCGCUAGCUUUUUCGGAGACAAGCCGUCGUACGCAGCUGGUGCGCCUCGAGCUCAUGGUACGGGCCAGGUCGUAGUCUUCAGUAAGCGUGUGAUCGAAGACUGGGCUAGGACAGAUGUGGACAUCUUGAAUUUCACAUUGUUAUUAAAUGGAGAACAAUUUGGUUCGAGUUUUGGAUAUGAGGUUUCAGCAGCUGAUGUUAACGGCGAUGGUCUUCCCGAUCUGCUAGUCGGAGCCCCGUUUUACUUCUCGAGAGACGCAGGCGGCGCCGUCUAUUUAUACCUGAAUAUAAACCACAACUUGCCCAAGGAUUAUGAUCUGAAACUAACAGGAAAAUCCGAAUCACAGUUCGGGAUUUCGAUCGCCAACGCAGGAGACUUAAAUAAAGACGGAUGUGAAGAUAUAGCAAUAGGCAGUCCGUACGAGGGUAACGGCGUUGUUUAUAUACAUAUGGGCGAUAGGAAAGCCGGCCUCAAAACUAAACCAGAUCAGAUUAUCAAAGCUGAGUCGUUGCCAAUCGUUAUGAAAACAUUUGGCUAUUCGCUAUCUGGUGGAACUGAUCUUGAUGCUAAUGGCUAUCCGGAUUUGUUGGUUGGCGCUUAUGAAAAUAGCAGCGUCGCCCUAGUUCGAACGAAACCUAUAAUCGAUAUAAAAACAUCGAUACGACCAUCGAAUACGAUCAUAAAUAUCGAUCCAACGAUACAGGGAUGCGAGAAGGAUCCGAACUCUAAUUACACUUGCUUCCAUUUCCAAGCCUGCUGUAUCAUUAAGUCUUUGGUGAGAUCCACCCAGAGUAACGUCCAUGAGUUAAAUUACGUCGUCGAAGCCGAAACAUUCCCGGGGGGAAGGAAGUAUUCUCGAGUAUUCUUUAGCUCUGAAAAGACGAAUAUUGUCAAUAAGACAAUACAUUUGGGAAAAGAUGAGGAACACUGUCGAGAACAUGUCGUUUAUUUGAAGAAUAACACCAGGGAUAUACAAACUCCUAUUAGAUUUCAAGUAACAUACAAGAUAGUGCACGUAGAGCCGCAGUAUUCAAGUAGUGGUGAACUUCCCAACAUAGAUGACUACCCAGUCCUAAACGCCACGGCGACAACGGCUUUUAGUGCCAAUUUCCUCAACGAUUGUGGCCUAGAUGGUGUCUGUGUCAGCGAUCUUGUUGUAGACCCUGUACUGCAGCUUCCUAAAACUGAAGAUGGAAAAGCGUAUGCUCUCACACUGGGUCAAGAAGAAGAGAUCCAUCUCUCUAUUGCUGUAGAUAACUACGGAGAGUCCGCAUAUGAAGCUCAGCUAUUUAUUCAGCACCAUGCUAGUCUCCAUUACAUCGCAGCGAAUAUUAGUGGUAAACAUAUGAUAUGCACCAGUGUAAACAAGACUAUAGUAUCAUGCCUCCUGGAGAACCCUUUUAAAAGACAGUUGGAUGGUUCAGCUGCUAUCACUAUACGAUUCGAUGCAAGAGCAUUAGAAGACAAUGAACCAUCAGUUGUAUUCUCUAUUUGGGCUAACUCUACUUCCAAAGAACUUCAUCCUGGCAAGAAACCUGUACACGUUGAGGCUCUCGUGAUUAAGAACGCGGAGCUCUUAAUCAAAGGAGCUGCUCGUCCCGAACAAGUGUUCUACGGGGGUGAAGUAAAAGGAGAAUCAGCAAUGACCUAUUUUGACGAUAUUGGAACCAGGGUUAUUCAUACAUACCAAGUCUUUAACGAAGGUCCAUGGCGUGUAUCGUCUUUGCAAGUCGUGAUAUCUUGGCCACAUCAGGUUGCAUCAGAUAGCGACCAGGGAAAGUGGCUCCUCUACCCUGAAGAUGUUCCUACGGUGGAUGGCGAAGCUGAUCAAAGCAAUGGAGAAUGUUUCAUAUCGGAGAGCGAAAUCAACCCUCUCAAACUGACAACACGUCCAGGAACCUUCGAGCCAUACCUGGAGAAUCUUGAAAUGGAUCCCUUCUUGAGUACCGGCAAGUUAAGUGUCAGUUCUAACGAAAAGGAAAAUAAUUCUACGUACAAGAACGUGGUGGAGUAUAAGAGUGGAGCCGAGAAUAAAAUUAGACGGAAAAGAGAUAGUGAUAUUGUCAAAGCUGAGGCCUACACAGAUAAGGAUGGACAGAGGAAGCACGUUGUAAACAUGAACUGCCAGAAGAAGACAGCGAAGUGUAUCCAGUUUCAAUGCGUGAUAUAUCGCUUGGGGCGAAUGCAGGCGACCACGAUCACUGUGAAGGCUCGUCUAUGGAACUCUACUCUAGUAGAAGAUUAUCCUCGAGUCAGCCAUGUUAAUAUAGCAUCUACAGCCUUUAUACAUAUUCCUGAACACUACAAUAUACACCAAAAUAAGCAUCAUGAUGAUACAGCAACGGUUGAAACUGUCGCCUAUCCAGACUUGAAGAUAAGCGAACCAUCAGAAGUUCCCCUUUGGGUCAUUAUAGUGUCCAUCAUAGUUGGCCUAAUAGUGCUAAUACUUCUAAUCAUUGCGCUGUGGAAGCUGGGCUUCUUUAAGCGGAGCAGACCAGACCCUACGCUGUCUGGCAACUUGGAGAAGAACAAUCAUGAGUCUAGUCCUUUCAUUGGUCGGGAUAGGAACAGUAUUCGGUAG